UUAAGGGGUAAAGACAUUUUCCAUUGAUUUUUUUACCACCACUUGGGUACUUUUUCAUUGUUCCAUUUUCCCAAACAAUAUUUCCCCGAUUGAAUUUCUCUUCAACCGCGCCUCCACGUUCUUAUUACAGGAGUAGCUGCCAUAGCGCCAAACCCAAACGACUGUCCCGCUUUCACUUUGUCCCUCCACCAAAUCCCAUAAUCCUCGACGACAAGUGAACUAUUUACUUUAUUCGAUCUCCUGAUUAUUUCGUCUACUUUGAAUAAUCAUCCAUAAUAGGGGCUGAAGGAAUAUCUACCAAACACCCAUUCAUUCACUCAUCAUCAUUGCUUUCGAUUUCGUGCUCGUACGCUCGUGCAGACAGCACCUUUUCCAAGCGCCAACUGGGAAAAUCGUUCCCAGAACUUUGCGCGAUUCUGAAAUUUCAUUUCGUCUCAGCAUCAGUCAAUACUUCUAGCUUCUAGACCAUCAUUACAAAAUGUCGGACGGUAUUGGUUCGGUGCGCACAUUGAAGAGGAAGAAUGUAAAAGGUCUAGCAUUGAAUGCACCCCCACCUCGUGCUGCGGCACCAUCCGAGAGUGAUAUACAGAUUCCUGGUGGGAUUAGCAGUGAAAGUAGCAGACAGACCGCACAACUAGAGAUUGGAAUCGAAUACAAGUUGGAUUUGAAGAGGGAGGAUUUGGAAGUUCUGAAAGAUCUCGGUCACGGAAAUGGAGGAACCGUCAGCAAAGUCAGACAUAUGGCUACAGGCACGGUCAUGGCGAGAAAGGUUAUACAUGUCGAAGCCAAAAAGGAAAUGCGUCGUCGAAUCGUUCGAGAAUUACAAAUUAUGUACGACUGUAAUUCGGAAUACAUCGUCAACUUUUAUGGUGCUUUUUUGAGCGAUAACAACGAUGUCAUCAUGUGUAUGGAAUAUAUGGAUGUUGGAUCUUUAGAUAGAAUCUCGACACAUUUCGGUCCUGUUCGAGUCGAUGUACUUGGAAAAAUCGCAGAAGCUACCCUCGGAGGCCUCACGUAUCUUUACAUCAAACACCACAUCAUGCAUCGAGAUAUUAAGCCUUCCAAUAUCCUGGUGAAUUCGAAGGGUCAGAUUAAGCUGUGUGAUUUUGGUGUUUCAGGAGAAUUGGUCAAUUCAGUGGCAGACACCUUCGUUGGAACAUCCACAUAUAUGGCACCAGAGAGAAUUCAAGGACAGAAAUACACUGUAAAGUCUGAUGUCUGGAGUUUUGGUCUCGCCAUUAUGGAGCUCGCAAUUGGAAAGUUUCCAUUCGACGCUAGUGAGCACUUAUCUGACGGAGAUGGAGCACCAUCGGGUAUCCUUGACCUUCUUCAACAAAUUGUUUAUGAGCCUGCGCCAAGGCUACCCAAGAGCGAAGCUUUUCCUCAAAUCCUUGAAGACAUGAUCCAGAAAUGCAUGUCUAAGACUCCAGAAGAGAGGCCAACCCCUCAAGAGCUUUAUGAACGUGAGCCUUUCGUCCAAGCUGCCAAGCGAACCCCCGUGGAUCUUCGUGAGUGGGCCGUCAGCAUGUUAGAACGAGACAACCGCAAGUCACAUCUUGCGCCUCAAUUAUCACCAGCGAGUAGAGAUGUUCUACGCGGCGAUGAUUCGCCUAAUGCUUCGCAAACGCCUACAUCAGGAGAUAUUCCCAUCAAAAAUGCCGAUCCACGUUCCUCGGUAACCUCUCCCCAAUACAACGAGAACCAUAACCCGAGAUCCCGCUCUCCUACCAAGAAUGGUAGUAUUUCGGGUCGAGGAGGUAUAGCCUUCCAUCCUGGUCUACCUAUAAGAGGCAGCACCACCAACUCGAUACCCAAACUUGCCGCCCUGAACGCACCUGACCCACAUGAGGGCAAUGGUCCCUCUAGUGCAAAUACAGCCAAUUUUACCACCACAACCCUUCCAAUGCGUCCAGCUCCAGCAGGUCCCUUACCACCGCCACCCAGAAAGCAUUCCGAAGAUAACACCCAUAAAGAAAGUCGGCGUCAGGCAACGUUUGGUAAUGGCCUAUAUGGCUCAGGCUAUGCAGCCCAGGGUUCAUAAUUCCAAUCUCGUCAUAACGCAUUGAUAUAUUUGCACAAUUUCUCAUAUCAUUAUGGAGCGAAGAGCAUCUUUUCGGAGUGUCGCAUUUCUCAAAUGUGCAGCAAAUUGAUAUAACAAGAUUCUGACCGCAUCCAGCUAGCAGAUACGUCACCAAAUCAGACAUAUAUCUUGCCUAUGGAUGUGGAUCAUCUUCUCUGUAGCAAGUAGGGAUUUGUGAAUGUAGUGUAGGUAGCUUGCUUUGUCUUCCGCGUGUUUAAAUGGUGGGGGCAAUGGAAGGAGGAAGGGAGGAAGCGAUGCAUGAAAUCACAAAAGAAAGCGAAACAUAGGAAUAGGAAUAUAGUUAAAUAUUGUGGUACACAGACUCUUGGGAUGUUGUUACAAAGUGUUUUAUUGUAUCACUCGGAAGAAUCUACUUUUUGUCUGUAUCUGGCUUCGCCUCAUUUGAUAAUGCGUGCUUGGUGGUGAGGAGCUGAUAUGCCUAGUUUGAUGCUUGAGAUCUUGGAAGUAAGACGAGCUUGAUUGAUAUGAAUAGAUACCUACUUGUUGUUUUAAUCAAAAGUCUUUACCACAGUAGUUGUCUUGUCGUUG